AUGCUGUGGACUAUUUUAUUAUUUUCGCUUAAACAAAUUAAUAUACAUUCUGUUUUUGAAUUAUAUAUCUAUGUGAAUUAAAUAUGUUUGUGUUUUUCUAAUGCAAUUUUUUUUCAUCAUUUUAGCUGUCUAUUUUUACUUGAAUUUAAUAACGAACUAUUUUAAUUACAUGAUAUCACUGCACCAGGAAGAUCCGCCAUAAAGGAAAAACAUAAAAGUUUUGUGACUAAAUAAAUUCGAUUUAAAACUCAUAUAAAUAGUGACGACAUAGUUUAACUUGCUAGAGUUAUUACUUUACAUGUGUGAAAGAUAAUUAGUCAUUGACAAUAAUGUAGUCGUGUUUAGUUUAUCAAAUAUUUUAUGUUUUUACCGAGCAAAGGCCAUUGGAGGAUAAAGAUUUAAUUUAUAGAUCUAGUGAAAAAAAAAUGUUUUGAAUUUUAUCUGUUUAUGAAUUUAAGGAAAUAAUUUCUAAAUACUUCGGACAAAAUGGAUGUAGUAAGGUCACUUGUCAGUAAAAACAAGAGACGCUACAAAGAAGAUGGUUUUGAUUUGGAUUUGACAUAUAUUUACCCAAACAUCAUUGCUAUGGGGUUUCCUGCAGAGAAACUGGAAGGGGUGUACAGGAAUCACGUGGAUGAUGUUCUCAGGUUUUUAGACUCCAAACACAAAGACCAUUACAGAGUAUAUAAUUUGUGCUCAGAGAGGAAGUAUGAUGGGGCAAAGUUCCACAAUCGUGUGGUCAUGUACCCAUUUGAGGACCAUCACCCGCCACCUCUGGAGCUUAUAAAGCCAUUUUGUGAAGAACUUGAUACAUGGCUUCAUGGGGAUUCUCGAAACAUUGCAGCUAUACAUUGUAAAGCUGGAAAGGGGCGGACAGGGGUGAUGAUAUGUGCGUACUUGUUGCAUAGAAGAAAGUUUACUGAUGCGAAGGAAUGUCUCGACUACUAUGGUAAAACUAGGACAAGAGAUGGGAAGGGCGUGACUAUACCAAGUCAAAGAAGAUACGUAGAGUACUACGGAGAGCUGAUGAAGCAUAAUGUAUCAUAUGAGAGAAAAACGCUACUCUUCACAAAAGUUAAAUUUAUUACAGUACCUCAUCUAAACAACGGCACCUGUAAUGUGUACUAUGAUAUAUCUGCCUCAAAAGUGAAGCUGGCUUCAUCAACAGUAUUUGAGGGUCAACAAUCAAAGAAAGGUACAAUUCUAGAAAUGCCCUUACAGAAAGCUGUUGUUGUGUGCAGUGAUGUAUGUGUGGAUUUUUUUCACAAAACUCCUAGGAUAGGAAAAAAGGAGAGGAUAUUUCAAUGUUGGUUCAACACAUUCUUUAUCAAGGACGAGGAAUAUUGUGAGGAUGAGAACGGGAAAAAGAAGCGCUACCUCACUCUUACUAUGACCAAGUCAGAACUUGAUAAAGCCAACAAAGACAAAACAAACAAAAUCUAUAAAAAAGAUUUCAAGGUGGUGUUUUAUUUUGAAUACCCCAUUGAAGGGACUUAUAUCAGCAAUCCAAAUGGUGUAAAUAGAUCUCGGACUGAUGAUAGCUUAUGUACAAGACCAACAGCUAGGAAUGGAAAUACCAGUAACGGCAGUAUUAGAGGUAUUGGUACAAACCGGAAUGCUGUUACUUUGCCGGUUGAAUCUUUGAGUAGAUUUCACCUAUCUGAUAGUGACGCAGUUUGUUCGGAGGAUUCCAGUCCAAGAGGUCCCCCGACGUCACAGUCGUUUCCGGAGUUAGGAAAGUUUGAGAAUGCUAGUACAUUAGUUAGUGCACAAAAACAUCUACAAGUUACAAAUAAACAAACUCGCCCUCCAAAACACUCGCCUACGGGCAAUCGCAGAGGGCGUAACUUUACUGACGUGAAUAGUGAUAACGACUUGGCUUCAACGGGUGAAAGUGAUCAAGAGGAUAAUUUCUCGGACAGCGAUACUGAUGAUGAAUGGGAUGGGUGUGAAGUGACAGCGGUAUAGUGGUUAAUGUACAGAUAUACUGUCUUGUAUGGGAUAUGAAAGCAUAAUAUGUCAAAUGAAAUAUUUUAUUAUUAAGAAACGCUAUUUUUCCUGUAGGAGACAGUAUAAAUUUUGUUAAUGUGAUGAGUGUAUGGCAGCUUAAAUGGUUUUUAAAAAGUAAUUUAAUAAUUUAAAUCAAGUCACUUUGUACAAAAAAUAUAUAUAUAUAUAAUAAACAUGAGUUAGGGGACCAGUCUAAAACUAUAGCUUCUGAUUGGCUGUUUCGAGUCGCUGAUUUGAAAUUAUCCUUGGUCAAAG